UUUGGCUUCACAUCUCAUACCUAUUUUCCCAUAUCUUUUUGACAAUCCAGAUUCUUAGCUAUCUAUCUAUAUACAAAUUAAUUCAAACAAGAUGGCUUCUUCCACUUCAGCUGCAUUGGUAAAUGGGUUGGGAUCUGCCUUCUUCACCGGUGGCAAGAAGAGCCAGGCUCUCUUCUCCGCCCCCCUCGCCACCAGAGCCAACGGUGGCGCCGCCCCCAAGAGGUCGAUCGCCAUGGCCGCCGCUGCCCCUAAGAAGUCUUGGCUCCCUGGCGUCAGGGGUGGCGGCAACUUGGUCGACCCUGAAUGGCUUGAUGGCUCGCUCCCUGGUGACUACGGCUUCGACCCGCUCGGGCUGGGGAAGGACCCAGCGUUCUUGAAAUGGUACCGGGAGGCGGAACUGAUCCACGGCAGGUGGGCCAUGGCGGCAGUCCUAGGCAUCUUCGUGGGACAGGCAUGGAGCGGCAUCCCGUGGUUCGAGGCCGGGGCUGCACCUGGGGCAGUGGCGCCUUUCUCGUUCGGGACCCUGCUAGGGACCCAACUCCUGUUGAUGGGGUGGGUGGAGAGCAAGAGGUGGGUGGACUUCUUCAACCCGGAGUCCCAGUCGGUGGAAUGGGCAACCCCGUGGUCGAGGACCUCAGAGAACUUCGCCAACGCCACUGGCGAGCAGGGCUACCCGGGCGGGAAGUUCUUUGACCCGCUUGGGUUCGCCGGGACACUUAAGGAUGGGGAUUACAUCCCCGACGAGGAGAAGCUCGACAGAUUGAAGCUCGCGGAGAUCAAGCAUGCGAGGAUCGCGAUGCUUGCGAUGCUCAUCUUCUACUUUGAGGCUGGACAAGGGAAGACACCCCUUGGAGCCCUUGGCUUGUAAGGCUUAACACCCACAUUGUUGUACUCCAUAAACAAACGUUUGCAAUGUAGAGAGUUUGAUUGAUCA